AUGUCCACAAACCCAGCUCACCUCAAACCCUCUUCCUCCCGCCACUCCUCCUCCUCCCACAAACCCUCCACCCCAAGCUACAAACCCCCGGUAACCGCGCAUCCUUCCACAACCAUCUCCGAAUCCGCCAGCUUCCAGGGCAUCCACCCCAUCUCCAUCGGUGCAGGCACCGUAAUACACCCGCGAACCAAAUUCCUCUCCUUCGAGGGACCCAUUAAAAUCGGAAGCGGCUGCAUCAUAGGCGAAAAAUCCGUAAUUGGCGGGCCGCAAACUUCGCCAACCUCACCAACCGCAGCCGCAAUAGACACCGGAUCCUUCACCAUAGCACCACCACCACCACCAACAACAACAGCAACGACGACGACAACCCUAGAAAACUCCGUCCUCAUCGGACCCCUUACCACCGUCAGCGCUGGCACCCACAUUUCCUCCGCCGCAACAGUGGAUACCGCUGCCGUCCUGGGCCGGCGCGUGCGCGUCGGCCAGCACGCGAAGGUCUGUCCCAGCUGUUGCAUUCCGGACGAUGGGGCAGUUGGCAGUUGGAUUGUGAUAUGGGGUGGGAGUAGUGGUAAUACUGGUGCUGGUGGGAGCCAGUUACAGAGACGGAAAAGGGCCAAUGGACAAGCGCAACAGUAUAAUAGUGAUGAGACAGAGCUUGGAUUUGGGUUGGGGGGAGCUGUCGUGGAAAAGGGUCGGUUAGGGGUGCUGGAGAAGGAGAGGGAAGGGUUGGUGAAGUUGAUCGGGGCUGGGAGUAUUGGUGGGGGAGGGAGGAGGAGGUGA